CCAGUCCUGCCUCGCCAUGGACCUGGUGAUGCGUCUCGUGCGCGCUCUGCUCCUGCUGGCCCUGCUGCUGGCAGUAGCCCCCUCGCCAGGAGCGGCCAAGGAGCUCUGCCCAGAGCCCUGCCGAUGCCCAGGCCGCGGGCGGCUGAACUGCGGCCACGCCGGCCUGGCCACCGUGCCCCCGUCCAGUCGCCAACGAGCCCUGGCCGUCCUAGAUUUCACUGGUAACUCCAUUGCUGCUGUUGGAAAACAAGCCUGGAAGGACUACCCAUGGACUGAGACUUUAGUGCUCAGGGACAAUAAGCUGCGGGCAGUGAAGAGCCAUUCCCUGGAGGGGCUGUUCCUGCUGAAGCACCUGGAUUUGUCCUGCAAUGAGAUCCUGUCCAUUGAGGAACGGGCUUUUGAGCCACUGCCUUUCCUGAAGUUUCUAAAUCUCUCCGGGAAUGGCCUCACACGGAUCCGCAGCGGCGCUUUCCAGGCCUGGCAUGGGAUGCAGUUCCUCCAGGAGCUGAUCCUCAGCCACAACCCGCUGGCUGUCAUUGCUGACGCUGCCUUCUUCAAGCUGCCCUCAGUGAGCUCUCUAGACCUGAGUGCCACCCAAGUGACCCCACAGUCGCUGCUGCUGCUGCUGCAGUCCACAGUGAGCUUGGAAACCCUCCAAGUGCCCAAGGAGGCGGCCUGCUGCCUGUGCCAGGAGCGUCCCCAGCCCGAGAGCCCCUGCAGGACCAUCCAGUUCCUGUGCCAGAAGCUGUGCAGCACCAGCGCCCCGCAGUGCGCUCACACAACUCUGCUACAGACACGGGGAGAAAUAAUGGACAUGGAACAACGCAGAGAGCUGAACAGCAGCCCAGUGUUGAGCCUCAAGCCCAAGGAGCCUUCACUGGGAGAUCAUGGAACUGUGACGCUUGAGGUUGCCCUGAUCCCGAGCACUGAGGGUGAUGUCAGCAGCCUGGACAGUUCCAGAACAAAUUCAUUUGCCCUUCAGCAUCUCUUGGGGCACAAAGGCAAAACAAGUGCUGAUAACCUGAGGGCCAAGCUCAAGAAGAAGCUGCACAAGUCUAAAAGCACCAAGACUGCAAAAACCGUUGUCCCACACCAGCCCCAGCCUGCCUGGCUGAAGCAUGUGGUGGAAAAGACACCCUCAAGCUGGGAUCACAAGCAGCAGGAGUCACAUUUGAACCAGCAAGCAUUAAACCCCUGGGAUGUAGCUGGUGGGUUAAACCCCACUCAUGGCAAGUCUCUUGACAGACCCCUCAGAGAUGAGGUGGAAGGUCAAGCUCCAAGGCAGAACUACAUUAUGACAAUCAAAGAGCAGCAGGACAGCCAGCAGAAGCAACUGGACUCAAGAUUGAACUGGCAAAUACUAAACCCCUGGGAUGUAGCUGGUGGGUUAAACCCUAAUGAUGAUGACUCCAUUUCUGGACACCACAGAGAUAAGGAGAAAGAUCCAGCUCCAAGGCAGAACUUUGUCAAUUUUCACAAACAGCCAAAGAAGCAGGACAGCCAGUACUGGGUUGGACAUAAUCGGCUUUUCUACCAGGUGUUGAACCCUGUGAAAGCAGAGGGAGAGCCCAGAGCCACUGGCACCAAAGAUGAGCAGCGUCUAAACAGGAACCUGGAUUUUCUCUCUGACCCGUUGGUUCAGAGCCGCCCCGCUGCGAGCAGCGGAGGAGGAGCCACAGCUGAAGAGGAGCAGUCCUCUCUAGGUGGGCACCUCCUGAUCAUGCCUGACACCACAGACACGCACGGGAAGCAGCAGGAAGAAGGAUCCAGGUUCCUCAAUAAACCUUGGAGCCCCCAAAGUCCAGACCUUGCGCCGGUUCCAAGAGAACUCCUGGAAACCACGGUUGAUCAUCAUCUGCGCUUGCUGCUGCUGGAAAAAAGCCUGCAGACAUUCAUGGCCCAUGUGGAGCGAGCCCGGAGCAAGGACUGCAGCCUGCCCCAGCUCAAGGUGACUUGUGCCAAGAUGGUUUCAAAGACCGGGCUGCUUCUAAAGGUGCUCAGUGAGAGGCAAGAGAACCAGGGAACCUCUGAUCCCAUGGGCCGGUGUCCUCUGCAAGAGAACAUCUCCAGGGGCGCAGCUGUGGACAAGGAUCAGGAGCCCACAGAGAAGCCAAAGCCUGAGACCAUGGAUGACACGAUCACAGUUUUAUUGCUGUCUGUCAUCGCAGUCAUUUUACUGAUACUGAAGGGUCUCUUCCACGUGUGUUCCCGAUGUGCUGCAGCUGUUUGUCGACAGCUACUCAGAAGGAAAUCGUGGCUGAGAAGGUUGUCUGUAAAACUGCAAGAGAGAUGGAGGAAGAACAAGUACAGGGAGGCAGAGGGUGAAGAGCAGGUAAGCGCAGGGAGCAGAUGCCAAUUCUGCUCCUCUGCCUGCACUGCCUGCUCUUCUUCACCUCUCCAAAUCCUUCCCUUCCAUGGCAAUUUCCAGUACUUGCCUGAGCUCAGCGAAGCUGAAUUGCUGUUGGUUCAAUACAUCAUGGACGUCCUUGAUAAAGAGGAAGAAGAAUUGCAGGAACAAAUGCAGAAGGAGAACACAGAUGUCUCGCAGGAAGAGGCACAAUGUGAAGAACUCAAGUGGGGGAGAGAAGAUUUCCAAGGUGUGGAGAACAUGAAAAUGGAAGAAGCCUAAGGAAAUGCUGCUACCCAAAGACAAGGUGCUCCUGCCUGGGCCCUGCCCUGCAUCCAGCACCCCAAGAUCUGGACUCCAUGACUCCAUGACCACUCUCUGCAGAGGAGGAUGCUGCUGGUGGGUGCCAUGCUUAGGACACCCCAAAGUCCCCCUGGGGACUGGGACAGGGAGGAUCCAGGAAGCCCCAGGUGUCCCAAGCAAUCACUGCA